AUGGCCGUAAGGCCUCUUCAGUUCAUCUCGUCUCUCCACCACCACCACCACCGUCACCUGUGCUCCCAAUCCUCUCUCGUACGCCACAUCUCAGCCCGAGCUCAAACUUCGCCGCCGCUUUCCUCCCUAAUACAGCGGUUCAAAUUACUCCAUUACCAGUCAAAAGAAAAGCCGCAGUUGACCACCGCUAGGCGCAGCCCCGUCGUACCAGUUCCAGAUAAUAUGGCGCAGAAGAUCGGGAAGGCGAUUAGGCGGCCUGGAGCCCCGUCCAAAGCGAGGGUCUAUGCUGAUGUCAAUGUCAUCCGACCUAGGGAGUAUUGGGACUACGAGUCGCUCACUGUGCAGUGGGGUGAGCAGGAUGAUUAUGAAGUGGUCAGGAAGGUGGGAAGGGGAAAAUAUAGCGAGGUCUUUGAAGGUGUUCACACCACUAACAAUGAGAAAUGCGUAAUCAAAAUUCUUAAACCUGUCAAGAAGAAAAAGAUCAAAAGGGAGAUUAAAAUUUUACAGAAUCUCUGUGGUGGGCCAAAUAUUGUGAAGUUGCUUGAUAUUGUGAGAGAUCAGCAAUCAAAGACCCCAAGUCUUAUAUUUGAACACGUGAACAAUACCGACUUCAAAGUGUUGUACCCCACACUUUCUGACUUUGAUAUUAGAUAUUACAUCUACGAACUUUUGAAGGCAAAUUAUUGCCAUUCUCAAGGGAUCAUGCAUCGGGAUGUGAAACCCCACAAUGUGAUGAUAGAUCAUGAGCAACGAAAACUUCGGCUUAUAGAUUGGGGUCUCGCUGAGUUCUAUCAUCCUGGGAAAGAGUAUAAUGUCCGUGUUGCUUCUAGAUAUUUUAAGGGCCCUGAACUUCUUGUUGAUUUGCAAGACUAUGAUUACUCGUUGGACUUGUGGAGCCUGGGCUGUAUGUUUGCUGGAAUGAUAUUUCGCAAAGAGCCUUUCUUUUAUGGGCAUGAUAAUUAUGAUCAACUAGUCAAAAUUGCAAAGGUGUUGGGCACCGAUGAGUUGAAUGCUUAUUUGGACAAAUACAGAUUGGAAUUAGACCAAAACCUUGCUGCCCUUGUUGGAAGGCAUAGCAGAAAACCAUGGACAAAGUUUAUUAACUCGGAUAACCAGCACGUGGCUAAUUCUGAGGCGAUCGACUUUGUUGACAAUUUGUUGCGAUAUGAUCAUCAGGAAAGGCCAACUGCAAAGGAAGCAAUG